CUUGGAAUCAGUACAUAAAAUGGAGACUGCAACAACAGCUCGUUGGUAUGAAGACUGUAUCCAGAGGAGAUACAUACAACAAGCCUACACAGGCUUGGAACUUGACACGUCGAAGUUGCUCCACGUCGUCAAGAAAUCUGGAGAUAUUUAAAAACACUCUUCAGUCUGCCUACCACCAUCAACAGUCUCAGACUUAUCCCAAGUACUACCACCACACUCCACCCUGCACUAACAGUCCCUCUGAGCUCGCCGCUCCCCGAUGGACCCAAUCAUUCAGGCAUAUUUUGCCUUAGGGAUUUCUGCUGUUAUCCCGAUCUGGUAUGCCUCACAUGCAUCAGUCAAAGCACCAAUCGUGUUGAAGAAAAAGUCGGGAAAGAACUCGGCCGAUACGACCGAAUCAUCCGAUGAGGAAGAAGAAGCUGUCGAACGGAUGACCAGUGAGGACGCUUAUUGGUUUCCAGUGAUGGGUUCGGGAGCAUUAUUAGGACUAUACCUGGUCUUCAAGUAUCUGAAUAAGGACCUGAUCAAUGCGCUCUUUGCCGGAUAUUUCUCCUUGAUGGGCUCAGGAGCACUAGCGACGAUGCUAGUGACGAUCACCAAAACGACCCUAGGACCGACGACCUGGUCGAACCAGACCAAAUACAAGUUCAGAUUGACCCGGAAUACGGCGGACGUCCUGUUCAGUCUCCGGUUCACCAACUGGCACAUCGGCUACAUCCUCGGCUCCGUCAUCCUCUCCGCCAUCCAAUGGUACACCAAACAGUGGAUGCUGUCCAACUUGUUCGCCCUCAGCUUCGCCUUCAACGCUAUCACCCUUUUGAAGCUCGAUAGCUUCAAGACUGGGACCGUUCUACUCGGUGGUCUGUUCAUCUAUGAUGUCUGGUGGGUCUUUGGAUCUUCCCAUGCUUUCGGUGAAAGUGUGAUGGUCAGCGUCGCAAAGAACUUUGCCGCUCCCAUCAAGAUCACUUGGCCUCGUGCGAUCGCCGAUUUCCUGUCAACCGACGACAAGAAAUUUGCCAUGUUAGGAUUAGGUUAG